AAGAAUUUUCAGUGAAAAUUUGCAUGAAAUUUCCCCAACCAUCAUCGGUGGUCAACUGCACGUGAUUGAGUUGUUGUGCUUUGUGUGCAUGCAUAAUCCUUGUGGACUGCUGUCUCCAACCCACCCAUCACCACUUACCCAUCCGAACCACACCAACCGAGUUCAAACACAACCAUGGACAACAUGGACACGCUCAAGGCCGAAAUCGACGAGCAGGCCAAGGUCCUGAAGGAGCUGGACGAGAAGCGCCAGGCCGCGCUGCAGAAGCUGCAGGCGCUUGAGCAGAAGUACCAGGACGCCACGGGCGAACCCGCCCCGUCCAAGGCCGCCCGCGACACCACCGACAAGGACAAGGGUGGCAAGAAGGGCAAGAAGGGCAAGGACAAGAAGGCCGCAGCUGCCGGCGCUGCCGGCAAGGAUCAGCCCAAGAAGGAUGCCCAAGGCAAGGGCAAGAAGGGCAAGGCCGCAGGCAAGGGCAAGAAGGGCAGCGAGUCCGAAGGCACCGGCAAGGAGAUGUUCAGCUUCCCUGGCGAGGAGGAGAACAUCCUCAAGUUUUGGAACGAGAAGGACGCCUUCCAGCUCUCCAUGAAGUUUUCCGCGUCAAAACCAAACGUGGAGAAGUUUGUGUUCUUCGACGGCCCGCCCUUCGCCACGGGUCUUCCCCACUACGGCCACUUGCUCGCUGGCACCAUCAAGGAUGUCGUGACGCGCUAUGCGCACAUGCGCGGGUACCACGUGCCGCGCCGCUUUGGCUGGGACUGCCACGGCCUCCCCGUCGAGUACGAGAUUGACAAGGAAUACGGGAUCAAAGGCCCUGACGACGUCAUGAAGAUGGGCAUUGCCACCUACAACGACGCCUGCCGUGCCAUUGUCAUGCGCUACUCCGAGGAGUGGCGCCGCACCGUGAGCCGCCUCGGUCGCUGGAUUGACUUUGACAACGACUACAAGACCAUGUACCCUUGGUUCAUGGAGAGCGUCUGGUACGUGUUCAAGCAGAUCUUUGACAAGAACCUCGUGUACCGCGGAUACAAGGUCAUGCCGUUCUCGACUGCGCUCUCAACGCCCCUCUCCAACUUCGAGGCCAGCCAGGACAUGCGCGACGUCGACGACCCAGCAGUGACGAUUGCGUUCAAGCAGGUUGACGGCGAUGCAUCGUUCCUUGCGUGGACGACCACCCCGUGGACCCUCCCAAGCAACCUCGCCCUCUGCGUGCACCCAGAGUUUGAAUACGUCAAGUUUCGCGACGAGAAGCGUGGGGAGAACUUCAUUGCGCUCAAGGGCCGGCUGUUUGGUCCGGGCGGCCUGUACACGGAGGAGCAGAAGGAGGACGUGACCAUCCUCGAGUCGUACAAGGGCGCAGACCUCAAGGACAUGCGCUAUGAGCCGCUCUUCCCCUACUUUGCCGACCGCAAGGACAAGGCGUUCCGCGUGCUUGUUGACACGUACGUCACCGACGACUCGGGCACUGGCAUUGUCCACAACGCCCCGGGCCAUGGCGAGGAUGAUUUCCGCGUGUGCACGGCUGCGGGUGUGGUGACGACGGAGGACCUGGUGUGCCCCGUUGACCACACGGGCAAGUACACCAAGGACGUCCCCGAGAUGGAGGGCAUGUACGUCAAGGACGCAGACAAGGUCAUCAUCAAGCGCAUGAAGGAGGAGGGCAAGCUGUUUGCCAGCGCCCGCAUUCGCCACGCCUACCCCCACUGCUGGAGGUCGGGCACGCCGCUGCUGUACCUGACGCUGCCGUCGUGGUUCAUCCGCGUCACAGAGCUCAACGAGAAGCUCCUCAAGAACAACAAGUCCACAUACUGGGUGCCGAACAACAUCCGCGACGGCCGCUUCCACAAGUGGCUGGAGAACGCCCGCGACUGGGCCAUCAGCCGCAACCGGUACUGGGGCACGCCGCUGCCGCUGUGGGUGAGCGACGAUGGCGAGGAAGUGGUGUGUGUCGGCUCCAUUGAGGAGCUGCAGGAGCUCUCUGGCCGCGACGACAUCACCGACCUCCACCGCCAGUAUGUGGACGAGGUGACCAUCCCCUCCAAGCAGGGCAAGGGCGUGCUGCGCCGCGUGUCCGAGGUGUUUGACUGCUGGUUUGAGAGCGGCAGCAUGCCAUACGCCCAGCAGCACUACCCCUUUGAGCACAAGGAGGACUUUGAGCAGAACUUCCCUGCCGACUUUAUCGCCGAGGGCAUCGACCAGACCCGUGGCUGGUUCUACACGCUGCUUGUGAUUGGCACGUGCCUGUUUGACAAGGCGCCGUGGAAGAACCUGAUUGUGAACGGGCUUGUGCUUGCCUCUGACGGCCGUAAGAUGAGCAAGCGCCUGAAGAACUACCCGGAUCCAAACCUCGUUCUCCACGAGGACGGCGCAGACGCCCUCCGUCUGUAUCUCAUCACAUCGCCAGCCGUGCGUGCUGAGAACCUCCGCUUCGAGCGCAAGGGCGUGCAGGGUCUGAUCAGGGAGGUGUUCCUGCCGUGGCUCAACGCAUUCCGCUUCUUUGAGCAGCAGGCCGACCGCCUCAAGGCGAGCAGCGGGCAGCCGUUCCUGUUUGACGACACGGCCAAGUGCAACACGGACAACCCGACAGACCGCUGGAUCCUCGCGUUUGUGCAGGAGCUCCUCGAGUUUAUCCACGCAGAGAUGCAGGCAUACCGCCUGUACACGGUUGUUCCCCGCCUGCUCAAGUUUGUGGACAACCUGACCAACUGGUAUGUCCGGCUCAACCGCAAGCGCCUCAAGGGUGCUGAGGGCGACGAGGACGCCGCCAUUGCGCUGUGGGCGCUCGGCGAAGUGCUCAUGACCAUGGCCAAGUUCAUGGCUCCGUUCACCCCAUUCUUCGCAGAGUGGAUGUACCAGCACAUGAAGCCGUACAUCAAGGUGUCGCCUGAGGCUGAGGCGCAGCUGCGAACGAUUGAUGGCGUGCGAGAGGAUGAGUCUGUGCACUUCAACCUGGUGCCGGAUCCAAAGCCCUUUUAUGAGGACCACAGCGUCGUGCGCGCCUUUGAAGUCCUCAAGCGCACCAUCGACGGUGGCCGUGUUCUUCGCGAGCGCAACAAGAUGCCUGUCAAGUACCCUGCCAUGGAGCUGGUCGUCGUCUCCACCACGGAGAACGUGCUUGAGGAUCUGCAGUCGCUGCAGACGUAUGUGACGAGCGAGCUGAACAUCCGCAAGCUGACGCUGUCCAGCGACGAGUCUGCGUACAAGGUCAAGCUCAAGGCGCAGCCUGACUUCAAGACGCUCGGCUCCCGCCUGAAGAGUGACAUCAAGAAGGUCGCUGCUGCCGUCCGCCAGCUCACCCACGACCAGCUUACCGAGUACCAGAGCACCCAAACGAUUGAGCUGUGCGGCCACACGCUGACGGGCACGGAUCUUGUGCUGUCGUACGAGUAUGCGGGCGACGACAACAAGUACGCCGCCCAGGCCGACGGCGACAUCCUCGUCCUCCUCGAUGUGCUUGAGUACCCCGAGCUUGUUGACGAGGGCAUUGCGCGUGAGGUUGUGAGCCGCGUGCAGAAGAUGCGGCAGGCAGCGGGCCUCAGCCCCACCGACCCAAUCACCGUCACCCACAAGCUCCAGGGCGGCAAGAAGACGGACGAUCUGGAACGCGUCCUUGGUUCCCACCAGUCGUACAUCGCCGAGGCCCUCUCCUGCACCUUCCAGCCAGCUUCGGAUGAAGCUGAUGCAUCGGCCGUCAUUGCCACCGAAGCCCUCAAGAUCAAGGGUGCCUCUCUGCAGGUCACCAUCUUCAAGGCGUAAGAGAGAGCGCGCCUCCUGCACAUCUCCCAACAGCGGUAAUCUUCUGUUUGGCUUGCUUGCUUCUCCCAACCUUGCUCGUUGCCCCACAGCCGUGUUUUUGUGUAAGUCUUCUAGUAAAUUUCCGAAA